GCGCGCUUUAACGUUUGCGUUUGUGUGUGUGCGUGCGCGCGUGCCGGUAGGAUCUUGUUGCUUUGUGAGGAUGCUGUGAGCCAGUCCGGAGCAGAGGAGCCGAACGGAACCGCAGAGAGGAGAACCGGGACAGGAAGUGGACCUGUGUGAUUCCUCACGGAGGAUCAGAGCUUAAAGCGGCUCACAGACCGAGGUCCUGCCGCUCACGGUCGCCUCUUCCCCCAUCCCUUCGGCUCGCUUCCUGGGGACCCGGACGGGUUCGUGCAGCGCUACACUUGAUGCCCGAAAGUUGGGCUGUAAUUCUGCAGCAGCUGGGAUGUUUUCUAUGGAGUUCGGACCCGGUUUAGUUUGGUAGCCUGGGUGGACACCCCUCUCUGGUGCUGGUUCCCGGUACCGGACCGGGCAGACGGACCGUGUGCGCAGGAGACCAGAUGAAAGAAGCGUGACAGCAUGGAGAAAGGGCUGACCCUGGGUCCGGUUCUGCUGUUCUUUGUUCUCAGAACUUUGGCAUAUGGAUCUCGACCCAGGAUAGAGGAUGCUGCUCCUCGAAUUGUUGAACAUCCGUCUGAUCUGAUUGUAUCCAAGGGAGAGCCGGCCACACUAAACUGUAAGGCUGAGGGACGGCCCACGCCAACUGUUGAGUGGUACAAGGAUGGUGAGCGGGUCGAGACGGACCGAGAGGACCCUCGAUCUCAUCGGAUGUUACUUCCCAGUGGCUCCCUAUUUUUCCUGAGAAUAGUUCAUGGAAGGAGAAGCAAACCUGAUGAGGGAAUCUAUGUUUGUGUGGCGCGCAACUACAUGGGUGAGGCGGUUAGUCGCAAUGCUUCGCUGGAAGUGGCAAUUUUGAGGGACGACUUCCGUCAGACGCCCAGUGACGUGGUGGUGGCAGCAGGGGAACCUGCUGUCAUGGAGUGUGUCCCGCCCAGAGGCCACCCAGAGCCCACCAUCUCCUGGAAGAAGAAUAACAUCCGGGUCAACGAUCGGGAUGAAAGGAUCACUAUCCGUGGAGGGAAGCUGAUGAUUUCCACUACCAGGAAAAGUGAUGCCGGUACGUACGUGUGUGUUGGGACCAACAUGGUGGGAGAGAAGGACAGUGAUCCAGCUGAACUGGUGGUGUUUGAGAGGCCUGUCUUCACCAAACAGCCAGUGAACCAGGUGGUGUUGAUAGAAGAUAUGGUGGAGUUCUUCUGUGAGGCUUACGGAGAUCCGACUCCAACUGUCCACUGGAAGAGGGAGGAGGGAGAGUUCCCACCGGGCAGAUCUGAGAUCCGAAGUGACAACAGCCUGCGUCUGAGCCAGGUGAAGACAGAGGACGAGGGCACGUACACCUGUGUGUCUGAGAACAGCGUGGGAAAAGCUGAGGCCUCCGCAACGCUGCAGGUGCACGUGCCUCCUCAGAUUUUGGUGCGGCCACGAGACCAGAUAACAGCUCCAGGUGGCACCGUAACCUUCCUCUGCAGCACCAAGGGAAACCCUCCACCAGCCGUCUUCUGGCAAAAAGAAGGCAGCCAGGUCUUGCUGUUCCCCAUCCAGGAGCCUUUGAAGUCUAGCCGUUCUUCCGUGUCACUGAGCGGGGAGCUCACCAUCAGCGAUGUGCAGGUGGAAGACUCGGGUUUCUACAUCUGCCAAGCUAUCAGUGUGGCCGGCAGCAUCCUGACCAAAGCCCGGCUGGAGGUGGAGAGUGAAGUCCCCUUGGACAGGGUUCCACCCAUCAUCCGCCAGGGCCCAGCCAAUUACACGCUCGCCUCUGGUGCUACGGCCCAUUUCCACUGCCACAUCAUCGGAACUCCCACUCCCAGCAUUCAGUGGGAGAAGGAUGGCCAGAGGAUCCUGGGGAAAACUGGUCGGACCAGCUUUUUGGAAAAUGGCACCUUACAAAUCACCAGCCUCCAGGAAACAGAUUCUGGAGUCUACACCUGCCUGGCCUCCAGCUCCAGUGGGGAGACGAGCUGGAGUGGCGUGCUGACGGUCAAAGACAGCAUAGACCCAUCUGUGGCUCAGGCCACAGAGCCCUUUCAGCUGCCAGGUCCUCCACACAAACCCAUCGUCACAGAUGUGUCAAAGAACAGCAUUUCUCUAACGUGGCAACCCAAUGCUCAUGAAGGAGGAGCUGCUGUCACCUCCUACAUCAUUGAGGCCUUCAGCCAAUCAGCGGGCAGUACAUGGCAGACGGUUGCUGAAAAGGUGAAGAUGGAAACAUACACCAUCACGGGUCUCCUCCCCAACACGGUCUACCUGUUCAUUGUUAGAGCUGUGAACACCUAUGGACUCAGUGACCCUAGUCCCAUCUCUGAGCCAGUCAGAACACAGGAUGUGAGUCCUCCAGGCCAAGGAGUGGAUCACAGACAGGUCCAGAGGGAGCUCAGGGAUGUGGUGGUUCUGCUCCAGGAUCCAGUUGUGCUAACAUCAGCCUUUAUCCAGGUGUCCUGGACUGUGGACCGCCAGUCUCCAUAUGUCCAGGGCUACCGCCUGUUUUACCGGCCCAGCGGAGGUACCUGGCUCCUUCAGGACAUCAAUUCUCCAAGCGAACGCAGCAGCAUCCUCACUAGCCUCCGUAGAGGAACCGAGUAUGAGCUAAAGAUAUGUCCAUAUUUUGAUGAGUUCCAAGGCAGGGACAGCCACACCCUAUUGGUUCGAAUCCCAGAAGAAGUUAUUUGUGACCCACCAAAGAGAGUUACUGUGACAACACUGAAGCAAAGCAACAACUCCAGCAUAAAUGUGUCCUGGGAAGCCCCGCCCACCCAAAUGCAGAAUGGCACUAUUACGGAGUACAGGGUCUGGUGUUUUAGCAGUGGCAGUGACAACCACAUGCACUAUUACAUAAACAGAACAGUGGGCAGUACCACCCUGUCCACCGUGCUUACUGGUCUGAUGCCCAACAUACUCUACCAAGUGGAAGUGGCAGCCGUGACGAUCGCUGGUGUUGGCACCCGGAGUCCACCAGUAUCUGUCCUCAUCGAGGUGCCAUCAGAACAGCCACCUUCUCCUGGAGAUGAAGGGACCAGUGAUCACACCGAAGAGAGCAGCGUGAGUUUGGCUGAGCAAAUCACUGACGUGGUCAAGCAGCCGGCCUUCAUCGCAGGCAUCGGUGGGGCCUGCUGGGUCAUCCUCAUGAGCUUCAGUGUGUGGAUCUACUGUCGCCACAAGAAGAGAAAAGAGAUUAGCCACUACACCACCUCCUUUGCCUACACACCAGCAGUUGGAUUCUCACAUGCAGACGGAUCUGGUCUUUGUGGAAGGCCUGGUGUUCCCGGUGGCAGCGUUGGCACCUACCCGUGGCUGGCAGACUCCUGGCCCAGUGCCAGUCUGGUCCAUAGUGGUAAAGACAUCACCAGUGGCUGCUCCUCCAAUCUGGAAACAGCUGAGAGAUACUACGACGAGGCUGGUCUGUCAGACUAUCUGGGUCAGACAGAGAGAUGCAGCACUGGAGGAUCCACUGAAGGUCCCAUCUACAGCACCAUUGAUGGCACCAGUGAAGACUUGCAGAGUUUCACAUCUAUCGCUCCAUAUGCCACCGCCUCCACUAGGCCCUUCACCACCCAGGCUAAUGAGCUGCAGGACAAGCUCUGGACCGCCCAUCCGGGUCCCUGUGGUGCUCAGUAUGCGCAGCCAGAUCGGUGCAGUGGUAAACCCAGGCAGAAGGCCUUAGGCAAGGCCGUGAAGACCCCCUCUCUGAACUGGAUGGAGGCUUUGUCCCCUCCACUUGUUGUAAAAAUGGGACCAUGUGAGCAAGACUUCCAGCUGCCAGAACACGACAGUGACCCUGGCUCAGACGAAGAGUGGUGCCCCCCCCUGCCUGAGAGGACCUACCUCAUGGAUGGCUGCGAGGACAACGCCUCUUCCCCUCAAAGAAACAACACCUUGUCUACAACCACAACCUACAGCCACCAGUCAACCACAGUGAUCCCCCCCUUGCCCCAUGAAGAACCCAGAGCCACGCAGAACCUCCCCGACUUCAGCCAGGUCCAAGGCCAGCAGCUGUCACGCAGAAGACUGCCCUGCGGUCCAGUAUCAGUACCCCAGGUGCUGAGCACUCUCACCCAGUCGACCUCCAACCUCUCUGGCAAUCAGGAUCAUGACGUCAAUACCCUGCAGGGGAAAAGUCCAGCCCAUUGCUCCGUCCACAACCCAGAACCAGGUCCACCUGAAGACCGUGGUCCUGCAGCUACACUUGCAUACAGCUGGUCCAGUCCAGCAGAACCAGGAACUCCUCCCAACCAGAAAUCCAGAACAAAAAAAAAACUAUCCAGGCAUCCAGUGUACAGAAGAGACCAUCAAGGAGACCUGCCUCCUCCCCCCGAACCUCCACCUGAGGAAGACAGGCUUCGGGGCCCCCAGGCCUGCACGGAGCCCAGAAGUGCCUUGUCAUCCCUCGACUGCAGUGAGUUCAGCAGUCCAAGCCACCAGAGAAAAGGCUCAGAACAAAUCCACCCUGAUGAUGAAGACAUGAUGGUGUUCGGCGCUAAGGCCAGCUGGCGCUCCUAGGGUCCACCAGCUCACAAGGGCUCAGCUCCGCGAGGACACAUGAGGAAAAGAGAUGAAGACACAAGCGAUGAUCUCCCACAGCCCAUCAUUCCACCAUAGGCACCAAGACCCUGGCUCAUCCUCCAUCCAUCUCCGCGGGUGCCAUGACCGUUGCUCUUCAUCGCCCUGAAAACUGGAGAUUGGAGAUAAAGCUGAUGGUUUUCAGAAUUCACCUAGCAACAGGACAUGUGUCCUGAUUGUUGCUAGAGCUGUUUGUGUUAAAGUUGACUGAUUAUUUUAGUUUUGUAAAGAUGCCUGCCGUUCUUCAGGAUAAAGGCACAGAGACAGUUAUUAAUGAGGGUUUAUGUCAUCGUGUUGAAUGUUUUGGGAAAGUUUCCUUCUUAAGCCAGCAUUAACUCUGGCUGUGAAGCAACAUGAACUAUGAAGCCCAAUGUGUGGUUGCUCUUUGGAAGGGAUGGAUGGAAAACCAAAUAGGCUGGAAGCUUUCCUGGCCUCCUUGUAGUGAAUGUCAGACUUUUCUACACGUCCUCCGGUGUCUCCAACUGGCUUCAUUUGAUGGUGCCCUUUUCUUGGUCUCCUGCUUUUGUCCACCUGGAGACGUUUUACUGCAGUAUUGAGACACAACUUUUGUACGCUCCUCAAAUGAGCUAAAUGUCUGUGAGCUGAUUUGUACUCUUGUUUUGUAAAUGGACAUUAAAACCCACUCGCUGA